UUGACCUGCUGAGUGGACUAAAGAUGGGGGAGCAAGGUGGUUGGCUGGAGGCUAACAGAGCAGACUGGGUGGCCAUCUUGGAUUCCCAGACCCAGACGGGUGCAGCUAAGAGCACAGGGGACAAGGUCACUGAGCAGGCCAGGACCAGAGGGGACAGCAUCAACUUUGGGAUGGGGAACAACACUGUUAAGCACAACCAGAAACAGACAGUCGAUCACAAAACAACAACCGAACUUAGUCUCCAUGACAACAGACUGGCUGAGACAAGGGCGGGGCGUAGAUUAGGUCUGCGGGGACAGGGACGUCCGUCCUGCUCCUAUAGUUGUGAUUCAGAGAGACUGAUGGGGCCUCAGGUUAACCCCCUAACAGGUGCUGCCUUCAGCCUGCCUUCUAUAGGAUCUAUCAACUGGAACAUGGACCCUGCGACAACACAGACACUCCCUGGCCUUCAUCCUCCUCACACUCUCCUAAUGUUAAACCAGACCUCAGACAAUGCCAGUGCCUCAACACUAAAUGGCUACACAAGCCCAUUGACAAAUGACAGUAGUAGAGAUGGAAUCAGUAAAGGUGGCAGCGCCAAAGAGAAGCGAUUCCCGUGUUCAUUCUGUGGGAAAGCCUUCAGUUUCCCCAAACAGGUGAAGAUCCACCAGAGGAUGCAUACGGGGGAGAAACCGUUUGUCUGCCCCCUAUGCCGGGCCAGUUUCUCCCACCCCUCCAACCUGAAGCGGCACCAGAGGGUCCACACAGGGGUGAAACCCUUCAGCUGUACCCAGUGUCACAUGCGCUUCACGCAGGCUGGCCACCUGAAGAGGCACCAGAGGGUCCACACGGGGGAGAAACCAUACAGCUGCCCCCAGUGUGAGAAGAGGUUCUCCCACCAGCACCAUCUGAAGAUGCACCUGAAGAUCCACACAGGAGAGAGGCCGUUCGCCUGUACGUUACCUCAGGAUACACCAGCAGAAAAUGCACACAGCCUUGUAUAGAUUGUAGUGAUAUGUAGUAUUAGCUAGUAUAGUGUACAGUGACAUGUAAUGUAGUACUAGUUAGUUUGUAGUUAAUUCUGUUGGUUUUGGAUGUAGUGGGGAACUGGAUGAGGUGAACUGAGGAAAGAAUGAGUAUGAUGAGACAGAGUAGAUGAUAUGGUGAUGAUGGUGUCUGUAAAAAUGCUUCAAUGAUAAAUUGAUAACCUUGUCUUUUUGUAUGAUGCUGGUGUUUUAUAAUGAGGAAAUUAUAGUACCUUAAUUCAUGUUUACUUGACAUAAAGUAGUGAAGAUGUGCGUACUGUAAUGUUGAACCUUUUCCAAAGCGAGGGAACCAGAUUUACAGAAAAAGGUAAAGUGUUACCAUAAUGAGAAAAGUUAUUCUACUUGUCACAUAUAUCAUUUGUGCAAUGUGUGUGACCAUUUAAAAAACAUUAAUUACAAAA